AUGUCUAUCGAUGGCUCUAACCCCUACAACUACGACUUGCUCCUGCAGCCUGACGCAAUCCGAAUUCUGCUCCUCGAGCCCGCUACCACCCAAGAGGCUGACCUCCACGCGACGAUAUCUAUCGCAUGUCUCGGAGAAAACCCUCUCUACGAGGCCAUAUCCUACACGUGGGGCGAGCCCGUCUUCCCGGAAGCGCUCCAUUUAAGUGUAGAAAACCCAAACCUUGACCUCCACAUACAUUCUAAAAUCCAGAUCACCGAGAACCUUGCCUCAGCCCUCAGGCAAUUUCGCCGAAAGAACGAAAACCGGGUUCUCUGGGCGGAUGCCGUAUGUAUCAAUCAAUUGGAUAAUGAGGAGAAGGCCUCUCAAGUGACUUUGAUGAAACGGAUCUAUAAGCAAGCUGCUCAAGUGCUCAUCUGGCUCGGCGAUAACACCCCUGAGAUGGAUUCUGCUUUUCAAUUUACAGAGGGCCUAGCUGCUCGUGCAAAGGAUGAGUUCGAUGUGAAACCAAGGAGCUAUGUCAUACAUCUUGUGCCGCAUAAGCUAGAGUGUGACCGCGGACACAUUGAGGAGCUGCUCGCGAGUACAAAAUCGAGUCAUAUCCAUCAUAUUUACGGAAGACCGUGGUUCUCCCGGCUAUGGAUCGUUCAAGAAGUUGCACUUGCCACUAAAGCAGUGUUAUGUUCUGGAAAACUGGAGCUAGAUUGGAUGACUUUCGAGACCGCAAUGACGCUACUCCGGGAAUCUUUGGAUACGGUUGCAGGAAGCAGCAUAUUAGAGGCAGUGGCGUUCAGCCAAGUGUGGAGUAUCAUCGAAGUCAAGGGCGACUAUAGAGCCCUAAAUUCUGGACAUGUGACAUAUGGUUCUGUGUAUGCCCAACUAGGGAUCUUCAUGCAGAGACUCAGACAGCAGGAUUGCAAAGAUGAUCGAGAUCGUGUUUAUGCUCUACUGGGGUUGCAAACCCCACUCUUCCUCAGUUUACACUUCAAGCCUGAUUAUACGGUAACUUCUUUUGAGGUAUAUACCAAGUUUGCCUGGGCACACCUUGAAGCAGGGGAUGUCGAGAUACUACUUGAUGCUGGAAUUUGGUGGCGGGAUAUCUCAGAGGUGAACCUGGACCAGGCCCCUAUUGUGGAGUAUGAUCCCAACUAUCUCCCGUCCUGGGCACCUGAUUUGAGGAAGCCCAAGACCCCAAGAUGGCUUUGCUACCGUGGCGAUAACGAUAGAUUCUACGCAAGCACCGAAUUCCUGCCCAAGAUCAAACUUUCUUCUCAAAACAUACAAACGGUAGCUAUCUGGAGCGCUGUUGUCGGCCAAAUCCGUACUCAGGUGUACCUUGAAAAGAACUUCAUGACCCAGCUAAUCAAUUUCCAAUAUAUUCGAAAUUCAAUCAAAAUGAUCCAGGAUCAAGUUGAGCAAGUCCUCGAAGCAAAUAAAGGAGGCUAUAUAACAGAAACACUUGACGACGCAUUAGCAAGAACCCUUAUCGCAGACGGCGCAGCCACUACCCUUAAACCAUCGGAUGUCCCCAAUCUCUGGCUCCUAUAUUCCAAGCACUGUCUCUCCUCUGAUGGUGGAGUCUUACAAAAAUAUCUUCAGCAAGCAGCUUUUCCGCCCUCCGCCCAAUUUUACAGCUCCCUAAAUCCCGAAGAACAAGAGGCAUGGGACUUCCACACCUAUCUCACAAGGUCCCUCUUCGGAAACACAUUCUUUAUAACGGUCGAUGGAAGAAUAGGCCUCGCGCCUCCUGGCUCACAGCCAGGGGAUGAAAUCGUCCUGAUUGAUGGAUGCCGUACCCCAUUUCUGAUGCGGAGGUUAGAGGGCACGCUAUCAGUGCAGUUUCAGAGGCCAUAUUAUUCUAUUGUUGGGCCGUGUUAUUUGCAUGGUGUUAUGUAUGGGGAGAUGUGUACCGACGAGCAGAUCGAGGACAGGUGGGGGUUCACGCCUAUUAUUUAA